AUGGCAGGACAACUACCAGCCAGUCCUUCGCCCUCUCAGAGCAGCGAAAGGCUACGUAUUCUAUUGCGUGACGAGUGGGAGGCCCAUCGGGAAGGGCGCAAGAACGCCCGCGAAGUCGGUGCCCCCAGCCUACCAUUUGCCUACGCGCCCACAAACCUGCGUACCUACAAAGGCCGGCAAGUCAAUAGCUUCAGGGCUCCAAACCCAGGUUUGACACGCUUUCGACUUCCUGGCGAGAGCGACAUCGUUUACCCUGACGACCCCGUUCGUCCAAGCAAGAAGAUCGCCGCUAAGCGCGCAAUUGAUGAGAUCGCUACCCCGAACGAUACUGAACAAUCAUCAUCCAAGCGCCAGAAGGUGCCACUUGCAUCUACCCCCCUCAUCACCUCCAACUUUGGAUCUCGCAUUCGCGCUAAGCGCGCUUUUCAUGAGAUCGACACCACGGACGAACCUGUCAGAGUUCGGACCGCCGCUUGGGUUAAUACUACGCCCUCCGCCAAGCGCCAGAAGGUGCUCCUUCCCUCUACUCAAACCGAUCCCGACUCUGGAUCUCACAUUCGCGGAACCCAGCGAAUUCCCGCUAAGCGCGCUUUUCACCAGAUCGCCUCGGACGACACUGCAGCAGUUGAGAUUGCCACAUCGGCCAAUACUACACCCUCCUUCAAGCGCCAGAAGAAGGCGCCCGCUCCUACUGCUGAGCCCACCAGUGACUCUGACGACGAGGGCUCUGUCACCAGGAGUCUCUCGCCCAUAAAGGGUGACGACUAUCAAAUUCAAAGUUUCCCUCCCAUCAAGUGCCACAAGCUCAAGGACCUGGUAACUCAGCGCUCCCAGAAAAGCAGCCACACAGAGGAACUGCCCACGGAGCGCGCCCUUCUCAACUUUUCAACAAUCCUACGACCCGAGAAGAUCAAAGCUGGCAACAACACCUCAGAGGAGAAGCUUGGCUCAGAGAAGCUCAGCUCACAGGAAACUGCCACAAAACGACCUCUUCUUCUGUAUCCAACAAGCCGGCGAUUUAGAGAGAUUAAAGCCGACAACAACACCUCUGAUAAGCCCAGCUCAGGAAGGUAUGCCACAGAGCGUUCUCUUCUUCAGUAUUCAACAACAGCAACCCAGCGAUUCGAGAAGCUCAAAGCUGCCAGGAACAUCUCCAAGGAGAAUUCCAGCUCAAGCAAGUCUACCUCUACGCGCCCUCCUCUUCAGUAUUUGACGAGCCGACGAUUUGAGGAGAACACAGCCGACAAAGACACCUCUGAAGAGAACCUCACCGCCGAGCGCCCUCGUGUUCGAUAUUUGAUAAGUCGACACUCCGAGAAGCUUGAAGCUUUCAAGAAAACGGCCGCCUACACCCAAUCUACCCGCAGGCUCACUACUCACAACGAAACUAGCCGUGCCCAGAUUAUUGCUGAAAGAGGACUUUACACUCGCUUCCCUAUCGCUUCUUCCGAUCAGAGGCGCAUAUUGACAGACUUUGCUCAGCUUCGUCGACCUCUUGAGAGAAGAGUUUCUGAGCAGCAAGAGUUUCGCCAGCAAAGAGCACAACAGCUUCCAGAAGCCAAUGCUCAGGGCAUUCAACAACCACGUCAUCAGGAGUGGCAGCUCUUACCGUGUAUACUAGUAAUUCUACACAUCGUCAUGGCCAUAACAACUCGGCUCUGGACUGUUGCCACCUUUUUGCAGAAAGUCUUCACAAACCCUCGUCAGAUACUCUAUCAGAAUGUCAAUCAUGGUGACUCAGCCCGCGAUGAAUCAGCCGAAGAUCAAAACACCCAAACCAACAGACUCCUCCCUGGAACGUUUCCAGGUACAAAUGAGGAUAAUCCGCAAGACGCAUUGCAAUCUCCUCAACCUCUACCUCUCGAUGAUGUAAACAAUAAUGCCAGACAAAAUGGCACUUUGCCUGAGGAGCAGGACGCAGCAAUGAACACAUCUCCAGUUCGCAAUAUUUACCCCACAGAAGAUCAUGUCACAGCUUCUUCCACGAAUACAACCACAGACAUCGUUCAACACGAAGAUACCGCAGCAACCUCCUCAGUUUCUCUCUCAUCCCGAGAUGGGCGUAAGCUAUCAGAUGCACAUUCGACAGUCGAAACAGACCUACCACAACAGGAGAUACAGAGAUCUUCCCGUAAAUACAGCGACUCGUCCGAGGAAUGGAGGCAUCAUGAUGCCGCCCGACGGCAGUUGUACCAUGAAGCCUUCGACAGAAACUAUUCCUAUGAGAAAGACCAGAUUCUUGCGAAGGAUCAAUAUCGAUCAACCGGCUUGACCCCAGCACAAAACCUCGAGUGUGUGCAAAGAGCUUCAGUUUUAUCCAAGGCAGCCAAACCCAAGUCCAGACCUACGUACAAGAACCCAAGAAGCUUCUUCGACGAUGAGAACCAACACUCACUUCCGCACCGCACGCGCACGACUUUGAAGCCCAACCAUCAUAAGUUGGAGGAAGACGGCCAAGAUCGUGCCGCUCGUGAAAAGAGAGAACAGGAAUUGGCAGAACAGAAGCGCUACGAAGAAGCCAACGCAAAGCUAAAGAAUCUAGGGCUAAGCGUACCACGAGCUCCUGUCAUUAUUAAGAUAAAUGACAAGUGGGAGGGCCAAGUCCACAAUACACAAAAACCUGCUUUCAAGCCCCUCAAGACCUGCGCUCCAGAACCCGUUGAAUUUGGACACCGGGACUUCCUUCGACUGGUCCCCCGAGGAACCUGGUUGAAUGACAGUUGUAUCCAGGCCGCAACCCAGUAUGGCGCCGAUUACAUCAACAAAGCCGCUGGUGUUACACUGAAAAAAGACACGCCAAGGUGCGUUGCUCUAAACAGUUUUUUCUGGAGUUCACUAGUGAGCUCGGGUGUCUCUGGCAAGGAGCGCAUGCUUAAGCGAGUCUGGGGUCUGACUCCCCAAAACUUCCUCGACGUGGAAUCCCUUAUCAUACCCAUCAACGCGGAUGCUCAUUGGACAUUUAUCUUUGUGCGCCCACAACGUCGUGAGAUUGCCUAUGUGGACUCAUUCCACACCCGAAACCAAAAACGAAUCGACAAGGCGCUCGAAUUCGUUGCAGCAUUCCUGGGUCCGCGCUUCAAGGAGGACGAGUGGAAGCAAGUGUCCUUCAAUGUGCCACGUCAAACCAACUCGUAUGACUGUGGCAUGUUUGUGAUUACAAACUCACUUUUGUUGUCACUCGGCUUAGAUCCGAGUGACUAUACGGAGCCUGAAAUGGGCCACCAAAGAAGCAACAUUGCGGCCAUGAUUUUGAACGGCGGAUACCAUGGCGAUUUUGAUCUUAAAAAGCUGUACAAGCUGUGA